GCGGUUGCCGCGUCGCGCUGCCUCCGCCAUCGCCACCGCGUCUGCCUCUGCCGCGGUCUUGGAGGACGGAAGAGGCGGCGCGCGCUGGGACAGUCACGGAUCGCGUGUCGAUUCUUUCGCGUCCGGGCCCGGACGGAUGCUCCUUGGCCGCGAGGCCCCGAGCCUCCCCGUGAGCGCUUUGGGCGGACGCCGGGAUCAUCGCAGCCAGCCCAGCGCGCCUUUGUCUGAAAGCCCCGCGCCCCGCCGGCCUGCCGGUCGCGGGACAAAAGCCGAGGGGCCCGGGCGACCUCGCGCAGUCGCCUGGCGAGAGGGCGGAGGCCUCGCUGCCGGCAGGUUGAUAUUGUAUUUGAUUUCUGCCUGUUACUGGACUCAGUGCCUGAGGUAUGGCUGCCAUAAAGCCUUGGACCUCCUGGGGUAUUCUUACGAACCAGUCCUGGGGGAUGGCAGCUGUUGACCCGUGGGCUUCCUGGGCUCUGUGUCCUCAGGAUUCUGCCUGGAGCAUAGAGGAGAACCCUGACGAGGGGAGGAGGCCCACUAGGAUCCCACCAGACCAGGUCCAGGAACUAGUGACCUUCAAAGAUGUGGCUGUGAACUUCACCCGGGAGGAGUGGGAGCAGCUGGACUCUGUUCAGAGAACCUUGUACCAUGAUGUGAUGCUGGAGACUUAUGGGCACCUGCUCUCAGUGGGAAAUCAAAUUGCCAAGCCUAAGGUCAUCUCCCUGUUGGAGCAAGGAGAAGAACCAUGGAUGGUGGAGCAAACACAUUUUCAAAGCAUCUGUCCAGAAUGGAAGAAAAAAAUUGAAAGUAAAACAUUGAUCCCAACACAGAAUACUUCUCAGGAAGAAAAGUCCCAUAGCAUGAAAUUGGAAAGGUAUAUUUGGAAUGAUCCUUGGUUCUCUAGGUUAGAAAUUUUGGGAUAUAAAGACCAAUUAGAAAUCUACCACAUGAACCAGAACACAGCUAUGAGGCAAAUGGUCUUCAUGCAAAAGCAAGUGCUAUCUCAGAGAGACUAUGAAUUCUGUGCAUCUGGGGCGGAUUGUAACCAGAGUUUAAAUUUUGUUCCAUCUCAGAGAGUUUCUCAAAUUGAACAUUUCUAUAAGCCUAAUAUAAUUCCUGAAAGUUGGAGAUGUAACUCGGCCAUAAUGUAUGGAGACAAUAUUACUUGUGAAAAUAGUUAUGACAAAGCCUUUUCCCAGUCUAUGCAACUUAUUCACCCUGUAAGAAUGCAAACUGGAAGCAACAUUUUCAAACGUACUGAUACUAUUAAAUCUUUCAACCACAUAUUACAUUUUGGUGAUCAUAAAGGAAUGCAUACAGGAGAAAACCUAUAUGAAUAUAAGGAAUGCCAUCAGAUUUUUAACCAGAGUCCACUAUUCAGUGAACAUCCAAGAUUUCACACUGGGGAAAACCAGUAUGAUUAUAAAGAAUAUGAAAAUAUCUUUUAUUUCUCAUCCUUUAUGGAACAUCAGAACAUUGGUACUGUAGAGAAAGCAUGUAAAUACAAUGAUUGGGAGAAAGUCUUUGGAUAUGACUCAUUCCUUACUCAGCAGACAAGCACUUAUGCUACAGAGAAACCUUAUGACUAUAAUGAGUGUGGCACAUCUUUUAUCUGGAGCUCUUACCUUAUUCAGCAUGAGAAAGCACAUAUCGAUGAGAAACCCUAUGAAUGUGACAAAUGUGGAAAGAUUUUUAGGAAUCGUUCAUCCCUUACUAAACAUGAACGGAUUCACACUGGAAUAAAACCUUAUGAAUGUAAUAAGUGUGGAAAAACCUUCAGCUGGAAUUCUCAUCUUAUUGUACACAAGAGAAUUCAUACAGGAGAGAAGCCUUAUGUAUGUAAUGAAUGUGGGAAAUCUUUCAAUUGGAACUCCCAUCUUAUUGGACACCAGAGAACACAUACUGGAGAGAAGCCUUUUGAAUGUACUGAAUGUGGGAAAUCGUUCAGCUGGAGCUCCCAUCUUAUUGCCCACAUGAGAAUGCAUACUGGAGAGAAACCCUUUAAGUGUGAUGAAUGUGAAAAGGCUUUUAGGGAUUACUCAGCCCUUAGUAAACAUGAAAGAACUCACUCUGGAGCAAAGCCAUAUAAAUGUACUGAAUGUGGAAAAUCUUUUAGCUGGAGCUCCCAUCUUAUUGCCCAUCAGAGAACUCAUACGGGAGAGAAACCCUACAAUUGUCAGCAGUGUGGUAAAGCAUUCAGAGAACGUUCAGCUCUCACAAAACAUGAAAUAAUUCAUUCUGGGAUUAAACCCUAUGAAUGUAAUAAGUGUGGGAAAUCAUGCAGCCAGAUGGCGCACCUUGUUAGACAUCAAAGGACUCAUACGGGAGAAAAACCUUAUGAAUGCAAUAAGUGUGGAAAAUCCUUCAGCCAGAGCUGUCACCUUGUUGCACAUAGAAGAAUUCACACUGGUGAGAAACCCUAUAAGUGUAAUCAGUGUGAGAGAUCCUUCAACUGUAGCUCUCACCUUAUCGCACACCGAAGAACGCAUACGGGAGAGAAACCGUAUAGGUGUAAUGAAUGUGGAAAAGCAUUUAAUGAGAGUUCUUCCCUUAUUGUGCAUCUGAGAAAUCAUACUGGAGAAAAACCCUACAAAUGUAAUCAUUGUGAGAAAGCAUUUUGUAAGAAUUCUUCUCUUAUAAUUCAUCAGAGAAUGCAUAGUGGAGAGAAACAUUUUAUAUGCAGUCACUGUGGAAAAGCAUUUAGUGGUCACUCAGCUCUUCUUCAACAUAAGAGAAAUCAUAGUGAAGAAAAAGUCUGUGAAUAGAACUGAUAAAAGACUUUUAUAGUACAAUUGAUAAUACACUGGGGAAAAUACUCUAUUAGUAAAAUCAGAAGGGGAAAUUUUUAGUAAGAGUUCUUCACUAAUGGAAAAUAUAUUCAUCUUAGAUAAAAUCUAUGAAUAAAAAGAAUAUGGAAAGCUUUUAGAAAUCACAGACCCGUUUUAAAUACUAGAAAGAUUGGAGAAUUUAAAUUUCCCUCAUGAUCAAUCAGGAACCCUGCUUAAGAACAUGAAUAUAGUAGUGAAAUAUCUCAGUACAAG